AUGACUUCAAUGUCAACGUCUGCUACAAUGUUCGCAACAACAAUGGCGACGUCAUCUGUACUUAUGGGUGAGGGAGCAUCGACGACUAGUCCUGAGAGUGUGUUAGAAACUACAAGUAGCCGGCCGGUCCAGAAUAAUCUUCCAUGGAGCAUAUAUCUACAGAAGAUCUCUGAUGCUUGCUACACUGGGCAGAACUACAAGACACUAACCAACGCCAGACACAUCAUUGACUGUGCUUCUAGAUGCAUCAGAGACACUUCCUGCAAGGGAAUCAACUUUAGAAAGUCCACUAAACAGUGUGACCUCAUUCAGGACGUAAAGAGUUCAACAACGUGGGAAAUAGAUGGGACUGUCGGCUGCGCAUUCUGGGAGAUGGUUUGGAAGCACUAA